GACUGAGCAAAGGUUCUCACGGGAUAACUUCUUUCCAGCUUCCGCGUCCCAUCAUCGCAUUUCGCUGUACCGCACCAUGCCAGUCCCGUGGGAGGCACUCAUUCCGUUUGGUCUGUUGACGGGGAUGUUCGCUGCGACCGGAACACUCUUUAGUGUCGUUAGGAGGGGCCAGAAUGACGGGAAGCCCCCUCGUUACAACCUGGAAUCAUGGGACGAGAUGAUGAUGGAUCGUGAUAAGAGAUUAACAGGGAGUCGAAGAGGGCAGUCUGACAACCAUGUUGCGCCAGAGAGCUUCAAAACGAACAGUAUCUGGCCUGCUAAACAAGUCCAAUCGGCAUUGUAAUUCGAUAUUAUAUUUUUACUGCCCAACACGAACGUUUGCGAUUUACUGGUCAUUUGCACAAUACCCGACACGCGUCCGGGGUGGGGUGCUCUAUAGGGUGAUAUUCUCGUUUCCGGCUGUUUUCGACUGCGAGCCUCGACCCGAAUCUUCCUCUUCAUCUUCCAGGAGUGCCUCUGUGACAUCGAUAUCU